CUGUAAUCUGCAAAUACCCGGAUAUUCACAGCUGUCGCCAAUCACUGCCGAUCGGUGACUUCUAUUUUGCAUAUUCAUAACCAAUUACCUUAUAAGUAGCGAUACACUACACAUAGCCUCAUGCCACCUAAAAGGCCAUUGAAGAGAGCCAUGUCGUUCAUACACGUGAGCCCAGAUUCGCAUUUUCCCAUCCAGAACCUACCGUACGGUGUAUUUUCAACCGAAGAUGACAUAUUUGGCGAUACACAAAAGAGACAUGGCGAAACAUUACCUUCUCCAAGAGUUGGUGUUGCCAUUGGCGACAAGGUCCUUGACCUUGCGAUGGUCAGACAUUUCUUUGAGGGACCAAUCAUGAGAGAGCAUCAAGAUGUCUUUGAACAGCCCCAGUUGAAUGAGUUGAUGGCCCUUGGGUAUGAGGCAUGGAAAGAAACAAGACAGACAAUUGAGAAGUUCUUAUCUCCAGACGAUCCAGAGCUGAGAUCUAAUCAUGAGCUAAUGUUGAAGGCAUUUAUACCCCAGAACAAGGUGACAAUGCACCUUCCUGCCAAGAUAGGUGAUUACACAGACUUCUAUUCAUCUCUAGAGCAUGCCACUAAUGUAGGGACAAUGUUCAGAGGCAAAGACAAUGCUCUAAUGCCUAACUGGAAACAUUUACCUGUGGGAUACCAUGGUAGAGCGUCCAGUGUGGUUGUGUCUGGGACUCCAAUAAGACGUCCCUGCGGUCAGAUGAAACCUGAUGAAACCCAGCCUCCAGUGUUUGGACCAUGCAAACUCAUGGACUUGGAAUUAGAAAUGGCUUUCUUCACUGGCCCAGGCACAAAACUAGGAGAACCUAUACCCAUUGAGAAGGCUCAUGAACAUAUAUUUGGAAUGGUCUUGAUGAAUGACUGGAGUGCUCGAGAUAUCCAGAAAUGGGAAUAUGUCCCAUUGGGUCCCUUUUUAGGCAAGAACUUUGGAACGACAAUCUCCCCCUGGGUGGUCCCCAUGGAUGCCUUAAUGCCAUUUGUCAAACCUAACCGAGUACAGGACCCAAAGCCUCUACCAUACCUUGUACACGAGGAUCCUUACUCCUUUGACAUUCAGCUGGAAGUAGCCAUAAAUGCCGAGGGACUUAGUCAGCCUGCAACAAUCUGUAAAUCUAAUUUAAAAAACAUGUAUUGGACAAUGAAGCAACAACUAGCCCACCAUACUGUCUCAGGCUGUAAUGUUAAACCAGGAGAUCUGAUGGCAUCUGGCACUAUAAGUGGACCUGAGGAGGAGUCAUAUGGCUCUAUGCUUGAACUGUGUUGGAAAGGCACUAAGACUAUUGACCUUGGCAAUGGUGUUACUCGCAAGUUUCUAAAGGAUGGAGAUGAAGUUAUUAUAACUGGUUACUGCGAUGGAGAUGGUUAUAGAGUUGGAUUUGGCAACUGUACUGGGAAGGUUCUCCCUGCCCACAGCUCGUAAUCAAAGAAUGGUAGAUAGCAUGACAGCCAACCCCCUUCCCCCACUAUAGUGUUAAUUAUUUUCACAAACUUAGUAUUGGAAAAUAGAAUUGACUUUGGAUGGUAUAAACUUAUUACAAUUUUCAACUCAAGACAUUUAUUUUAAAAAUGGAUUAUAACCUACUUUUAUUCUGACCCCAUGUUAAUCGGAGCAUGGGAAACUUGGCCUAUUUUGAAGAUAUUUAAGAGGGGCCUUCAUUAUGUAAUCUCAAAGCCUAAUAUAUUUUAAAUGAAGGGUUUCAUAUUGAAAUAAUUCUGCACACAAAGGCUUAGCCCAUUGGAUAUUAAACAGUGUGUACGAAAACAACAUACAAUAUACAUUGUUUUGUUGUUUGUGUUCUGUGAUCUAGAGUAAACUACUAUAGUGUAUAUUUGCUCUGCAGUGUGCAUAUUAGAACUAUGGAUUGACCUAGUGAAUAGAUAUUUUGCUUUUAUAUCAAUGGAUUUCUCCUCACAGUGUUUGAAAAAUCAACCAUCAGACUAGACUACAAACCCUGUGAGGAGUGUUACUAUUACUGUGCUGUAUGUAUAUUACUGGUUGGCAUUAUCCUAUUAUUGCUAGGGUGUUAUAUAAACAGAAAAAAUGUAGAAUUUUAAGACACUCAUUUAGAGUGUUCCUUUUGCAAGGUAUAUGUGUUAAGAAUGAAGUCACGUGAAUAUACAAUGCAUAGGCUUAUUAACUGUAUGAUAUGUAUGAUAUUUCCAAAGAGCAGCUAUGAUGUGUACAUGUAUAGGUAUAAGUAUAUACAAGCUUUUGCUUCAAUAUCUAUACAUUGUCAAGUGUAAAUGCACAUAUGCAAGUAUGAAAUCUGGCAUUUGCAUACAGAUAAAAUACAUAAUUUAAGGGCCAAUUUCUUUUCUACAAAGGAAAUGUGUCUAUCGAAAUAUGAAGUCAGAAAAUGUUGCCAUAUUAUUACAUAAACAUGCCAAAGUUUGAAUGGAUGCUCUAAGCAUUUGAAAUCGAGAGCAUUCAUUAUUUAACAACU